GGUACUAUGGUACUAACGUCGCGUGCACCAGGCACUGUGCGUGUCCUCGUUCGCCGUUCGCCGGCUUUCACGAGCGGCUCGAUAUAGCGCGCGAGCGACUCGCUCGGAUCGCUCGACGCGGAAGCCCGGUGACGACGUAGGACGCAAACGUCAGCAGCCGUCGCUGUCACUGGGAUCCCCGAAUGGAGUGAUCGAGGAAGCGGCAUAAGUCGUCGUCGUCGAGGAGAUCACGGACGCGGUAAACGAGGUAAACAGACAUUCGACACGGGAUUAACAACAUGGGCCUCAAGGACUUCCGGAUAGCCUUCGAUAACCAGUGGAGCACGUACUACCCUGGGCAAACGGUGACGGGCAACAUCUUCGUCGUUCUCGACAGCACGAAGAAAAUUCGUGGUAUAAGCGUGAAGGUAAAGGGCGAGGCGAACACCCAAUGGUCGACCGGCGGACAACGGAUGGACGAGAAUGGAGAAUAUCGGGACGAAAGUCAGACCGUCACGGCGCACGAAGAGUAUUUCGAAACGAAGUACUAUUUGGUCGGAUCCGCCUCGGGUGGAGAGAUUGAGAUACAAUCGGGUGAACACAAGUUUCCAUUUACUUGUACCUUACCGCACAACUUGCCGAGCAGCUUCGAAUCGGACUACGGAUACGUCCGCUACACCGUCAAAUCUACGCUGGAUCGACCCUGGAAAUUCGACCAAGAUGUCAAGAGUCCUUUCACAGUCAUCUCGCCUUUGGAUUUGAACCAGGAGCCGAGAGCAACGGAGCCGGUGCAGGGAGAGAUGAGCAAGACAUUUUGUUGCUUGUGUUGCGGCACGCCGCCGUUGACCGUGAAUUUUUCGCUUCCGGUACGAGGCUACGUGCCAGGACAGUCCAUGCCGAUAAAGAUAAAUGUAGAGAAUUUGUCGGGCGUCGUCGUGAGCAGAGUCAAAUUAAUAUUGGCUAAGGUCGUGACCUUUCGUGCUACCAGGCCGCACUUGGACAGCAAAACGGAAGAGAUCGUGGUGAGGGAGGUCAGUAAAGGACCGAUCGAGGGCGGUGGGAGGGUCGAUUACGAGCAACAUCUGGACAUUCCGCCCCUGCCGCCGUCGAACCUCGCCAAUUGCGGCAUUAUCGAUCUCGAGUAUAAUUUGAAGGUGGAAGCGUGCGUCGAAGGAUGGUAUCAUCGGAACCUAUCUGAAAAUACGCUUAUCUUUGUGGGCACGGUUCCGCUGGCCGUUUAUCAUGCCCCGAGCGCUCCACCUGCCGCUGAUACGGAUUAUCCAACGAAGCCGCCUGAAGCCGGUUUCGUCAUACCUUCGGCGAAUAAUGCGAUGCCUCCGCUACCGGAAUCUCAACUAUAUCCGAACUUACCUCCGCCAUCCUUCGAGGAGUCGAUUCAAGGCGCCAGGAAUCUUCGCGAACGCGGGGAAUCGGAAUACGUCUACGGCCUAGAUAAUCGUUUCGCACCGAAAUACCCAGUUUACAAUUUUGCACCCGCACAGUAAUGAGUGAGAGAAAAAGAGAGAGAAGGAGAGAAAUCGCUGUUUUGAGGUUAUUUUUGAUAAAAAUGAUUGAAGCGCGCUCGUUCUAUAAAAUUUCCUAUAAAAUGGCUACAUUAUAUUUAUCGUUCUAUAAAAUUGUCGAUAAAGUCUCGAAAGAAGUGCAAAGUAAUUCGUGAAGUAGCCGCAUUCAGUCUGCAAAUAGCCAGUCCUAAUCAGUGCUUAAGCGACGUGUGUGAUUUAAAGCGCACAAUUUUUAGCAGGUAGAAUCAUACGAAUAACGCCUUUUUUAACUGGCAUUUAUAUUUUUUUACGCGUAAUGAGAUUACGAGAGAGAGAGAGAGAGAGAGAGAAGGAGAGAGAGAGAGAGCAACGAAUGAGAAUCAAAUUUUCGUGUCUUAUGGUACGAUAUUACUCACAUUAGAAAUAUAUACAAUUAAAUAUACACGCAGUAUGCAAGAAGUGAUACGAGUAAGUAUAUCGUAUCAUGAGGCAAAUACUUGAGCUCGGUGAUCAUCGCAUUGACAAAUUUGUAAGCGCCCGAUUUCCCGAUGCAACGCUACUUGUAAGCGCAUUGUACUCAAGUAUCGCUCUGUGUAGUCAUAAGCGGAAAAUACAUUUCUAAAAUUUUAAAAUAA